UGAUGGGGGCAACCAACAAGGUGGAUGUUUAAGAAAUUUCAGAAAUCGUCCUUAUCCUGUUAGAGUAAAAGCUCGUUAUUACGAAAAUGUCCUCACAGUAAGUCUAAUGUUUAGAAAAAUAUUAGAUAUGGUAUAUUUUAUUUAUUUAAUGAGCAAUAAUUAUGUACACAUAGUACACUCCUUAGAAUUGUUCAAGUGAUCAUUCUAAGAUCAUGUGUGUGAAGGGUUAUUUGUAUCAGGGUCGAUUUUUGUCUUACUGGUAGACAAUCGGAAUCGUUAGAAUUAUUGGUAUUUCUGAUUGUGUAAAACUGAUCGUUGAUAAUUUGACACACUUUAAAAAUUACAUACAUUGUACAUUGAUACACAUUGCAGUUUAACAUAAUGUGUUAAAUUAAUGUGUGAAGCAUGCCGGUUUAUGAACAGUUUUAAUGAACUGUGGUUAAAGUAACAUGUUGGCUUAGAAAUUACAAAUGACGUCACACUCGGUCAACUGACAUUAUGACAUCAUUACAAAAUCCGUAUCGGGUGGAAUUGUUGCAUGAAUACGCACAGUAAUAGACCUUAAACUGUCUGUACCAAUGUAGGUAGUACCAGUGUAAAAAUGCUGUGCUGAGUGGUUAUAUUACUACCUUAAAAAAGCCCCUGGCCUUGACGAAGGGCCUUCGCUCGAAACGUCGAGUUUCUGCUUAUUUUUUAAGGUAGUAAUAUAACCACUCAGCACAACAUUUUUAGUAAUAGACCUUUCCCCUUUUGAGUGAAAUUUUGAUCUAGACAAGUCUGGACAAAUAUUUCAUCACAGCUUGAAAGAGCAUCACAAAAUUAGUAAUAUUCCGAAGUUUCGUUGCGAAAUGUUGUAAAAUGCGGUUAAUAUAGCUUUGCGAAGUUUGCCGUUUUUCAGUCAUUUUGCAUUACAAAUGGAAAUUGAUAAUCAGAUGAUCAAACUGAUUACCAAUUUCCUGUGCGUAAUACAAAAUAACUGAAAAACGGCAAACUUCGCAGGGCUAUAUUAUCCUCACUUUACAGCAUUUCGCAAAACGACACUUCGGAAUAUUACUAAUUUUGUGAUGCUCUUUCAAGCUGUGAUGAAAUGUUUGUCCAGACUUGUCUAGAUCAAAAUUUCACUCAUAAGGGAAAGGUCUAUUAGUAAUUUCCGAUUGUGGCACAAUCUGUCAAUCACUGAGGGUUACUCUCGCAAUUUAUCAGGUAUGGUUCCAUCAAGGCAUGGCAGAAAAACCAGAGUAUGAACUGUGUACAAGAGUAGAAAGUGUUCAUUUACCAAAGACAGGAGUGUUUGGGGUAUCUGCUGCUACUGGUGGAUUAGCAGGUCUGUUUAAGCUCUAGUCUAGGGUCUACUCAGCAGGGGCCGGUUGUAUAAAAACGUAAUUAGCGCUAACUGUAGUUAGCGUUAAUCACUGUAGUUAAAUCCUUAACUGUAAUUAGUUAACUACAUGACUUAACUGCGUUGCACAAAACGUAGUUAGUCGGAUAGUUAACUAAUCACGUAGUUAACUGUGCGUGGGGCUUGCGUGGGGCGUUUAAACACAAAAUUAUAUAAAGUAAGCAGCGAGUAACGACCGCUGACACACAUUUUCAACAUGAUUGUGGACUCGUAUUUUGCAAAUAGGCGGGAAUUUUAUUCAAAACACUAGAAAACAGUGAAAAAUAUACAAGAAAACAAGGAAAAACCGCCACAAAAAUCAUAAAAGAAUGCAGUUUUCCUUGAGAUGUCUAUGUUAAACCAAGGUAUAGCUGUUUGGCAAUUAUAUAUCAGUGUUUCUUGGUGUAAUGGACCAUACUUCGUCUUCGAGAAAUCGUCCUGUGCAAAAAUAUGUUCUGUUUUCGUAAAAACACCAAAGCGAUAGCGUUUGAAGAGUUUAUAUUGUCAGGAAACAUUCACAGGGAAGAUAGCGAUUGAAAAUCUCGGGUAAGCGUUGCUUUUCAUUAUUGUUUUACUGAAAAAUGUUGUUCACUCCUAUACAAACGCCAUUUUUAACUACGUUUUGGACAGUUAACUAUACCCUAAAGCAUAGUUAACUUUAAUUACUUUUUAACUGCAGUUAAGGCUAACUACACUUUUAUACAACCGGCUUAACUACGUGAUUAAAGUUAACUAUUUUUUAAGGCUUUUUAACUACUUUUUAACUGCAGUUAGCGCUAACUACGUUUUUAUACAACCGGCCCCAGGCCUUAAAAUAUCUUUUCCAGGGUCGUCUGACAAAAUGUCCGGUGACGUUGAGUCAGUGAACUCUAUAUAUAUAUAUCUGGAAUGAUAACAGCGAGCGAAAAGUGAAGCCGACAAAAAAAUCACGACAUAAGUAUUCGUCAUUGUCUUCGUCAUCAACUGUUCAAGAACUUUCUUACAGUAUUAAAAAUCACUUCCAUAUAAAAUUUGUAAUUGUUUUGAAAGUUUUUAUCACAGUUUUUAUAUCUUUAUUCACUUUUAACCUGAAGAUGGAGUUAUACUCCGAAACGUAGUUAUUAAAAUAAGUUUUUACUAAGCCCAUAUGGUCUAAUUUAUAUUCAAACACACGUACAUAUUCAUUUACAUUUUGCUGGCAAGCAAAUUCCGAUCACACAAUAAAUUCUUUAAAAAAUAACGUACCAGUGUAUUGACUAAAAACUAUAAAACUGCUAAACUAAAAAACAAUUCAAACAAUCGCGAAAAAUGGCAACGGCAAAGUCACAGUUGCAAGUCAAUUUACCUACCUGUGAAAUGAAAUUUUCUCGCAAGAACAUCUCUUUCCUUGUGCAUCCAGAACGACAGUACGACACAUUAAUAUAUUUGAAAAAGUGAUUCUUUUCUCCACACGGGGAAGUUUUCCUCGACUUUUUUCCGACAGCGAACUCAAUGCAGUAAAUUUUAGGAGCAAAACAGUUUGCUCCUAAAAUGUAUUGCAUUGAGUUGGCCAUGUUUUUAAUUUUUUUUCGUGAUUGCGUUCAAAUUUAUACUGGCCGUGCAACGGGUUGCAAGAGGGGGAAUGAAACUGACGUCCAAUCCGCGUAAACCUGACGUUUGAGGGACUGAGACUGACGUCCAAUCCGCGUGAAAGACUGGUAUCGAGGCUUCAUUGUUUUCACAAUCAAAUGACUGAAUGUUAUCGUUCCAGAUAUAUAUAUAUAUAGAGUUCACUGCGUUGAGUUUGGGUCGGACAUAUGUCCAGUGAACUCUAUAUAUAUAUAUAUAUCUGGAACGAUAACAGCGAGCGAAAAGUGAAGCCGACAGAAAAAUCACGACAUAAGUAUUCGUCAUUGUCUUCGUCAUCAACUGUUCAAGAACUUUCUUACAGUAUUAAAAAUCACUUACAUAAAAAAAUUGUAAUUGUUUUGAAAGUUUUUAUCACAGUUUUUAUAUCUUUAUUCACUUUUAUAAACCUGAAGAUGGAGUUAUACUCCGAAACGUUGUUAAGCUCAUAACUAAGCCCAUACGGUCUAAUUUAUAUUCAAACACACGUACAUAUUCAUUUGCAUUUUGCUGGCAGGCAAAUUCCGAUUACACAAUAAAUUCUUUAAAAAAUAACGUACCAGUGUAUUGACUAAAAACUAUAAAACUGGUAAACUAAAAAAAACAAUUCAAACAAUCGCGAAAAAUGGCAACGGCAAAGUCACAGUUGCAAGUCAAUUUACCUACCUGUGAAAUGAAAUUUUCUCGCAAGAACAUCUCUUUCCUUGUGCAUCCAGAACGACAGUACGACACAAUAUAUUUGAAAAAGUGAUUCUUUUCUCCACACGGGGAAGUUUUCCUCGACUUUUUUCCGACAGCGAACCGAAAUGCAGUAAAUUUUAGGAGCAAAACUGUUUGCUCCUACAAUGUAUUGCAUUGAGUUGGCCAUGUUUUUAAUUUUUUUUUCGUGAUUGCGUUCAAAUUUAUACUGGCCGUGCAACGGUUUGCAGAGGGGGAAUGAAACUGACGUCCAAUCCGCGUAAACCUGACGUUUGAGGGACUGAGACUGACGUCCAAUCCGCGUGAAAGACUGGUAUCGAGGCUUCAUUGUUUUUGCAAUCAAAUGACUGAAUGUUAUCGUUCCAGAUAUAUAUAUAUAUAGAGAGUUCACUGCAUAUGUCCAAUGACCUUCAGUUCAUUUUUGACUCGGAAAUAAGUCCGAUUGACACAAAUGAAUAAACGGUAAAUGUUGUAAAGAUAUUAAAUAAUUUGUUUCUUUCAUACAUACUUGCCAGAACAGCAGUAUCAAAACGACUUCGACAACUUAAGCCCGUUUUCCACCUCACCAUUUCGCUCGCCGCCCCGCGCUCGACUACGUUAAAACAACAUUUCCAGUUGACCUUUUAUACAAUAGUACUCUGAUUUUCCAUUUAACAUACAAGUCUGCCUCUAGUCCGGGGCUAGGGUACAUUUUGAUUUACGUCGGACAAAGCUACAGUUCGGUCGGACACCAAUACACUCGGGUCGGGCAAACAAUAAACCUCAGUUUCACUUAGGUCGGACAGAAUGUCCGGUGGUUUCUUUUCUACGUCGGACAAUUUCACGAGUGGGUCGGACAAUGUCCGUGACCGACCGAUAUUUUAAGGCCUGCUACUCACUCGACUUUAAAAGGUCUAGCUUUGGAUUGAUAGAGAUGCAAGUACCUGGAAAGUAGAAGGAAAGGCCCUUCAUUAGUAGUGCCUUCGUUCGAAUUGUAGAAGUUCUCCUUGUAUUUUUCACGUAGUACUUGCAUCCUUCAGGUUGCGAUAAUUCGCGUACUUACGCACCGGAGGUACGCUAAUAUUACUGUCUGGUACUUCUUUGUUUUCAGCCACGUAGCACGUAGGUACGCGGAACUCUUGCUAUCUGCGUACUUACUUUUUGCUGGUCCGCAUGACCUUUCCAAGUCCAAGGUAUUCAAUACCGUAAUUUAGUUGGUAUAUCAUGUGUCUGAGAUGUCUUGGCAUGAAACAUGAUCGCACUGAUGGCACUAAGAAACGUUGGAGUCGGUUGUUUGAAAUAGCAAAACUCCCUUUUCAAAUAGCAAAACUCUGUUUUCAAAUAUACAAAACUUUCUUUUCAGAUAGCAAAACUUUCUUUUCAAAUAGCAAAACUCCGUUUUCAAGUAGCAAAACUCCGUUUUCAAAUAGCAAAACUCCGUUUUCAAGUAGCAAAAUUCCCUUUUCAAAUACGGCAAAACACCCUUUUCAAAUAGCAAAACACCCGUCUCAAAUAGCAAAAUACCCUUUUCAAAUAGCAAAAAUCCCUUUUCAAGUAGCAAAACUCCCUUUUCAAAUAGCAAAACUCCCUUUUCAAAUAGCAAAACUCCGUUUGCUAUCUCGUAGUCUGAACGUACUUUUCAGAAACCUGUACUUUAUGAACCAAAUUUUUAAAGACUAAGUACACAUUGAGUACUGAGUUUGUUCUAGCGCAAGUACGCCGCAACAACCAUUGGCGUACCAGUCAGGUACGACUAGAAAUCUUGAAUGAUCGCACCCUGCAUCCUUAUCAAUCCAAAGCUUUCUUUAGUUUAAGUCAGUCUAGUACUGUAUAGUAAUUGUGCUUGUUCAGUUGCUGUUUGAUUGUUUGUUUAAUAUUUAUUUACGUGGUCACGCAUUGAUGAAGUUUUUAUGUUCUCUUGUUCACCAGAUGAUCAUGAUGUAAUAUCAUUUAUAACACACAGUAUCACCUCACCAUCUGAUAUA